UCAGUCGGUCGGAUCCACAAAGCCACAAACUUGUUCUCGCUUCAUCCAAGUGGCUCAGUACCCACUGAGUCCAUCCACAGAGGCUGAAGUGGGGAGAGGAUCGUGAUCUGGAAGGGGCGGUCGUCACUUUGGAGCUGGGAGAUGAACCCUCAUAGGACUCACUGAUCAUCUCCGAUUGAUUAUCUCUGAUUUCCUUUGACUCUCCGGCAACAUGAGCUCCUCUCCAGCCAACAUCCACAACAAACGUCUACCCUCGGAGACUGAGCGAGGCCAGAGGCUGCCGGAUGUGGAUGCAGCUCAACAGCUCAAACUAAGAGAGAGGCAGCGUUUCUUUGAGGAGGUUUUCCAGCAUGACGUAGAUGUUUACCUCUCAUCUGCUCAUCUGUGCAUCAGAGACUACAAAAGACCUCCUAUUGGCAGUAUCUCAUCCAUGGAGGUUAAUGUGGACUUGUUGGACCAGAUGGAGUUGAUUGACAUCUCCGACCAGGAGGCGUUGGAUGUGUUCUUCAGCUCCAGUGGAGAAGAAGGGGUAUUGACCUCCCCGUUGCCAGGACAAGGAAACAACAACAACGAGGACGUGAUCAGUAAUGGACUCUUUCGACAUGUCCUCGAGGGUCUGGACGCCAAGUCACGCAUGUCCUCCACGUCUUCAAACUCGUCUACUGACAGCCAGACCAUCAACGCCAACGGAGAGGACGCCCCUGUGGUCCAAUCAGACGAAGAAGAAGAAACACACACCAACACAAUGAAGAGGAGAGCUGAGUCUGUAGAGAUGAAGUCAUCAUCAUCAUCAUCAUCAUAGGACACUCCUCUCCACAGCAGAUCUCCACAGUAGUUCCAGUAACUCCGAGGCCUGAGGUAAAGAGUGGACUGAAGGCGGCCUCUCACCUGCAACUGUCUUCCACACUCUGGGUCUUACAGCUGAAUUAAACUUCCCCUUUGGUUUAUGACUGAUAGGAUGGCUUCUGUGUGUGUUAUAGAGGUGUGGACUCUAAAUGUAAAUAUGAAGUUUUCCUUAUGAUUCAUACCUUUUUUAUUUACAGUUUGGCAUGUUCUAGACUAGCAUAGGUGUCAAACAUACGGCCCGCGGGCCAAAACCAGCCUGACAAAGGGUCCAAUCCGGCCUGUUGGAUGACUGUGAAAUGCAAAAAUUACAAUGAAGAUCUUAACAGUUAAGGAAGUGGCAGACCAAUGUGAUCUCAAAUACAAUAAUAGCAUAAAAACCAUA